AUGGAACAAUCUAGUGAAAAUUCAGGAGUGAGUUGGAAAGAUAUGGAUGUAGUAAAGACAUUUUUAGAAAAUUGUAUUCAAGAAGUAUCCUUAAAUGGGAGACUUGGAAGUAGUUUGAAGCCAGACUCAUGGAACAAGGUUAAACUAGCUCUGGAGACUUGUCAUCGCUUUAGCGUUCCCCAAAAUAAAAUGAAGAAUUAUUAUGAUUAUCUGAAAGAAAAAUAUCAAGCUUGGUUUCCACUAACUAAAAAGACUGGCAAUAUUUAUGAUCCAACAACCAAUACCUUUCAAAUGUCUAAUAGUGAGUGGGAUGAGUACAUAAAGGCUCAUCCAAAAGCAAAGACGUUGAGGAAUUCACCUCUACCCUUUCCAGACCUGUGCACAAAACUUUUUGAGGGUUCUACUGCAAUAGGAAUUCAUGAUUGGAGUCCAAGUUGUACCUAUCCUCGACCUGGUGUCUCUUCUGCGUCUACUCCUAUAGUUAUUGAUACGAUUGGUGGAGCUGAAGAUCUAUUUGGUGACAAAAAUGAUGAAGCUCCUAAAGAUUCUCCAUCCUAA